GGCUACAUCAUCAACAAGCUCCCAACGUGAACCGAAAAUCGUCAAAGCUGCCCUUGUCCCCGAGCUCCUCCGACGGCCGCGCUCCCUCACCAUGGCAGAAUCAGAGCUCGCCCCCAAGUUCGCCCCCUUCAUUGGGAUGGCCGGUAUUGCAGCUGCAAUGAUCUUCGGAUGUAUUGGCGCUGCAUAUGGCACAGCCAAGUCCGGUAUUGGCAUUGCUGGUGUCGGUACAUUUCGACCAGACCUCAUCAUGAAGUGUCUUAUCCCCGUCGUCAUGUCCGGUAUCAUUGCCGUAUACUCGCUCGUCAUCUCCGUCCUCAUCGCUGAGGAUCUGGACCCGUCCAAGAACUACAGCUUGUUUUCGGGCUUUAUGCAUCUUGGAUGCGGUAUCGCAGUUGGCAUGACAGGUCUUGCUGCUGGUUACUGCAUCGGAAUUGUUGGUGACAGUGGUGUUCGUGCUUAUAUGGAGCAGUCCAGGAUCUUUGUCGGCAUGGUCCUGAUCCUGAUUUUCGGCGAAGUUCUUGGUCUUUACGGUCUUAUUGUUGCUCUUAUCCUCAACACCAAGAGCAAGGGUUAAGCGGACCAGCUCGAAGCCACAACACCCUAUUCACCCAACCCAUCAGAAGAGUUCGACGUGUACGUUGAGGAUGUCGGGACUGCCACAAGGCUACAGAGGCACGUCUUUGUAUGUACAUCGGCAUGGCGUUUAUGGAACCUUUAAACGUGUAUUUUUCAAUCAGGUAGAGGACAGGCGGAGAAAUUGACGGUAUUUAGCAUC